AUUUGCCGGUGUUGCCGUCGACGUCGGAUAAUGGAACGCGCGUUGCCGGCUGGCAAUUGCGGUCACGUAUUUUACCAUUGCCGAUUAGGAAACAAUAUGGCGUCGAGUCAUCAAGAAGAGAUUUACAGAUACUACAAAACGGCGAUUUUUCCUAAGAUGGGUCAUAAUAUGCUCAAUAACAACAUCAAUGCAUAAAAAUUAGUUCUGGAGAACACCUACCAACACAUUUCAAGAUAAGUAUCCGUUUCAUAGUUAAUUAUAUAUGAUUUUUUUAAAUUCAACCUGUAAAGUACAACCACCCCGAAUUUUCUCCACAUAUAGAGUAAACGGUUGUUUAUUUAUAUCCUUUGGUAAGUAAACGCAAAACGCAUGGUAAGUAUUCCCACCUUUUUACGUCAUAUUUGACUGCUUAUUGCGUCAUAUCACCUGUCUGGAUUAAGAAGAUCUUGUCUUUUACAUUUUAUCUGUUUGUUGACGAUGGCGUCUCUGGAGCUACUGCAUUGUCCUGGAUGCAACUCGUUAUUUCUUUCGUUAGCUCACUUUAAUCAACAUAACUGUCCAGUAAAUUCGCCAGUACAACCCCUUAUUCUUAAGGAUAACAUGGCUACUGUGUAUAGGGAAGAAGAACCUUAUCAUGGUCAGGGGGCUGCUUGUCAGUCGAUGCAUAAAGCUGCAACAAGCACUGUGGCAAUUGCACAUGGGGAAGAAAAUGAAACAACUGUCACAGAAAUUUCUCCUGCCACACCUGUGCAAGAUGAAAAGCAAACGUGGACCAACUGUCUCACGAAAGGCCUCAUCAAUUUAAGAGGCGAGUUGGAUGCAGAGUUUGCCUCAAAGAAGAAGACCCAUAAAGCUCUAUGGAAAGAAAUUGCAGCCAAAUUGAAGGAAGAGUAUGGGUUUACUGGUGACUGGCUUCAGUGUCAAUCAAAAUUCAACAAGCUUACUGCCAAGUAUAAGGCAGUAGAGGAUGCGAAUAAGAAGUCUGGUGAGAGACGGCGGUCCAUGGAGUUCUAUGAAGAAAUGACGGAGGUUAUGGGUGAUGAUCCAAAAAUAACGCCAUUAAAAACAGUAUCUGUUGGUGUGGGUAAGGGGUUAAGGAUUAUUAGUGGUGAGAAGGGGGAGAAAGGGGAGGGGCAUGAGAGAGUGAGUGUUAAAGUAGGGUGUGAGAAAGUGAAGAACGUGUCUAAGCGUAAGAGGGAGGAUGAGUUGAUAGAUUUGUUGACUGAGGUGAGGGAUGACAGGAGAAAGUUUCAGGAGGAGCAGAUGAGAGUGAAUGAAAGAAAGCUGGUGCUUAUGGAGAAAUUAGUGUCUUUGCUUGAAAAAUAAGUUUAUUGUGUUUUCUGAUAUCAUAGAUCAAAUAAGUAAAUACAUGACCCCAAGACCAUAAAUUGAGAAUUGAUCAAAGUCAAAAGUUUGCUUUUUAAUAUUUUUAGUUUUAUUGAAUGUAUUUGCUUAAAAAUUUUCAAUUUUGUCUAACAUUUUAAUUCAAACAUAUGUUGAAUAUUUUGCUUCAUUUGUUUCAUUAUCAAAAUUAUUUCAAAAGAUAUAUUGGUUUGAAAUUUUGACUAAAGUUUAUAUUCUCGGUUUAUGGUCUUUAGACCUGAAGAGAAUGUUUAUCUCACUUCUUCAAAACAAUGCAAUUUUGUGUAAUAUUCAAAAACAAAGACAUACUGAAAAUUUUGUUAUGUUUUCAUGCAUCAAGAGCCAUCCAUAUUUUUAUAUUGUACUCUGACCAUCAUUUUUCAAGGUGUGUUGGUAGAUAGUUUUGUUUUUUUUUUCUUUUUAAGUUACAAGUACUUUUGAUAAUUAUCUUAAAACUCACACUUUAAAUAAUUUAUUAAUGUUUUCAUUAUGCGAAGGACUGUUAUACAGAUAAUAUUUGUGACAGGUUGUACAUCAAACAAAUCAUUUUUUAUUGUUCAAGUAGGUACAUUAAUUUGAAAUUUUGACCUUAGUAUGUAAGUAGUUUAUGGUCUAGAGGCAUGUGAGUAUUGAAGUUGUUACCCAAUAAUUACCCAUUGUUUAUUGAUAGUGUAGACAAGUCCAUUCAAUUUACGUCAACACAUGUAAAUAUUGAUGUUAAUCUACUAUUAGUUGUUCAUUGAUACAUGUAUGUAUAUGCAUUCAUUGAUGAUAAUUAAGGAUUUUUCAACCCAAAAAUUGGAUUGGAUUUAACUUAAUAGCUACAAUUUCAGGAGGCAUCAUCCUGAUUAUGGAAAAGUUUUAAUGUAAAUGUUACAUAAAAAGCUUUUUUCUUAAAUUGUAAUAAAAAAGGAAACAUUUGUAAA